AAGAAUAACACACCAGGCAGUAUGAAGCAAGUUUUGUUUUUACAGGUAUUACUGAUGCUAUCCCUGUUCAGUGGUGACUGUUACAAAAACAACAUUGUACCAGAAAAAACGGGAAAAUGUUACCCCUGUAAACAGUUCUAUCAACAUGAAGAAUUGCACGUUAAUUGUUCUUAUGAAAAUUUGAGAGCUGUCCCAGAUACAUCGGCUAACACGGUUUACCUUUAUCUACAACAUAACUUAAUCGGACAAGUACCGAAUGAAAUCUUUAACCAUCUGAACAAGCUUGUUUUGCUAGAUCUAUCUUUCAACACAAUUAUUACAAUCAAUGCAGAUUCAUUCGCAGGUCUGCAGAAUCUGCGCUUUCUCUAUCUCAAAAGUAGUUUGCAAGAUCACAUUGAUACGAGAAUACGUUUGCCAAAGAAUGCAUUUAAACAUUUAGUCAAUCUUACAAUUUUGGAUCUAUCCUUCAAUAUCAUACACAUUGAUCAAUACACAUUUAGUGGACUUGUGAACCUGCAGCAACUUAAACUCAACAGUGAUUGGAUAAGAAGAAUACCAAAUGAUACCUUCCAAUACACACCAAAGCUUAUUAUUCUUGAUCUAUCUUGUGAUUUUUUAAAUAAUGUAACUAAAGGUAUGUUCAAUGGACUUGGAAACCUGCAUCACCUUUAUCUCAAUGCUAAUUUCAUUGAAUCUAUUGAAAACAAUGCAUUUCAAUCGUUAAUUAAUCUAACUGUGCUAAAUUUAGAGUUUAAUUUAAUACAUUCAAUCAAUAAGCAAACGUUUUCUGGACUUCCAAAGUUGCGUCAUCUAAACUUGCAUUUUAAUUCUAUAAACAAUACAUCAGAUCAUACUUUUGAAAAUUUGAUAGAUCUUCGUGUACUGGAUCUUUCAAAUAACAAACUGCAGUCUGUAAAUGGAAAGACAUUUAUAGGACUUAAAAACCUGGAAAUUCUAAGACUCAAUUCGAAUAGCCUUAGGUAUAAUACGAACCGGUUACCUCCAGGAUGUUUUAAACCUUUAGAAUCACUCAGACAACUUUCUGUUCAAAUGAAUAAUCCACGAAGUGCAAUUGAUGCUUUCGUACUUCCAGAUGAGACAAUAAAAGAUUUGAAAAUGUUGAAAACACUGGAAUUAGAUGUUAAUGCUGAUAACGAGAGAAUUGUAGGUAUAGGAUUUUCUUCCUUAAGUAAACUCUCCUCGCUUAUUUUCAGUGGUGUCUGUAAAUUUUCUUUAUAUAAUGACACAUUUAGAUAUACACCAAAUUUGACACAUUUUAGCAGCAUACAUUGCGAUAUAAAAUCCAUAGAGACUGGUACGUUUUUGUUUCUAACCCAGCUAAAAUUUGUGGAACUAGAUUUUGUAUGCAUCUUGACUCUUGACCGUUAUAACGCAAUUGACAUCAUUUCGCUUUUUUCGAAGACACCAAUUGAAAUUUUGAAAAUGAAUAAUAUUUAUUUAGGAACUUCAGUUUUCCGAUGGGAAGAUUUAAAUAUUCUACUACUCGAUACGCCAAUACGUGAACUUCAUAUAACAAACAAUGAUAGUUGUUUUUAUAGUAGGAAUUCUUUUCCAUUAAAAAGUAUUAUACCAGCGCCAGUCAGUUUGCAACUUCUUGAUUUAAGUAACAAUAAUAUAGAUCAAAUAAAUCUCAAUUUGACCUAUGUUAUAUACCUGAACUUGUCAGGUAAUCUACUCGGUAAGUUUUUAGAGGAAUAUAGCUAUGCGUUGAACGAAACACGCAGACUUGAGUUUAUAUGUCUCUCCAAUAAUUCAAUCGAGCACAUUUUUUCUAAACUAUUCGUGAACCAGCCGAAAUUACGAAAUAUCGAUUUAAGUUUUAAUAAGCUUACGUAUGUGAGUUUUGAAUUAUCUCAUUUAGUAGAUUUAGAGAUUUUAAAUUUGUCAAGUAAUACCAUACGUUUUUUGGACGACGGGUCAAUGAAAAAACUAAACAGACUUCUCGGGAUAUAUAAAAGUAUAAAAGUUGACCUAAGCAACAACACGUUUCAAUGUAACUGUUACAGUAUUCCCUUUUUGAAUUGGACGCUGAGGAGUCGUCAUCGUUUUGUCAACUUUGAUACAUACAAAUGCACGUUUCACAAUGGAAGCAGUCUGGACUUGAAUUCACUUAGAAAAGAAAUUCUAAUCGAUCUACAGCGUGAUUGUUUGAACUAUUCAAUUUCAAUAAUUAUCACAUGUUCUGCUAUGUUUGUCUUCAUAGUUAUUUUAGUUAUAAUCGCCAUUCACAGACACAAACAAAAACUCCGAUUCAUGUUUUAUUCAUUUAGAGGUAGACUUCACUUUCUAUAUUAUCAAACAAAGUUUAAGAACCGGUUUCGGUCUACAAAACAGUCAGAAAACAAGUUGGAUUAUAUUUAUGAUGCCUUUGUGUCAUAUUCAGAUGAAGAUCGAGCAUUUGUAUUGAAUGAGUGUAUUGAAAAUCUUGAAAACGACGGAAAUUUAAGGUUAUGUUUACAUCAUCGUGAUUUUGUUCCAGGACACGAUAUAACAGAUAAUAUUAUACAUGCAAUUGAAAGCAGCAGAAAGACCAUCUGUAUAAUAACAAGAUCUUUUCUUCAGUCGUAUUACUGUAUGUUUGAAUACAAUAUGGCUAGAAUGGAAAGUAUUCAUUCAAGAAAUGGAAAAAAUGUUCUCUUUCUUGUAUUUUAUGAACAAUUGUUACCUGAGGAGUUACCUUUGGUUUUAUACGAAGUGAUUCAGAAAGAAACAUAUAUUGAAUUCCCGAAUGACGAACAUGGAAAUAGGAUUUUCUGGGAAAAAAUAAAAGAUGGUAUCUUUGCUUAGGCAUCUUAGCAGCAAUAACCGUAGGCAGAUAUUAAUACAAAGAUAUCCGUAUAAAGAACAUGGUAAAAGAAUUUGUAAAGAACGAUACAUGUCCUUGCAAAAAUAUCUUUCGUAACAAAAUAAAAGUUUCCUACUUAGAAAUGAAUAUGUCUUCCAUACAACUGAUAACAUGAUGUGUGACUUGGAUUAUGUUUGAUUUUCCAUCGAGCAUAAGUAACAUAUUGAACUAAGCAAUACGCAUUAUUAAAACAUUAUAUUUCCAACUUGCAUUAUUCGUAGAACGCAGUGAUCAAAUCAACUAUGAACAUAUCAGUUGAUUAAGAGCUGCGGUAGUCAUAAUAUUGUGUUUGGCAAUGUAAAUUAAGUGUUCCGAAACUAUUUUUUUUAGGAAUGAUUGUGCUAUUAUGAGAUAACAACUUGCGUGUCUUGGACUAUUAUUUGAUAUUGUUAAAAAAAUGUUAUAUUAUUAAUUUCAUCUAUAUCAUAUACAAUUUACAAAUUUAUCAUGUUAUACUGUAAUGAUGUCUGGUUUUAAACAAUAUCUAUAAAAGCAUGCUCUUCCAUAGCAUAAGGAUAAAUGAUUACUAAGCGUGGACUUCCAUACUUUUGAAGUUGACAUAAGCACCCUGUGCAAUGGACUCUCAUAGCGUUAUGUGAUGGCAUACGCUUUCUUCGUAGAUAUGUACACACAUAAAUUAUGAGUUUACAUACGCUUUGAUUGUAGGCAUGUGCACACAUUAAUUUAUGGGUUGACAUACGCUUUCAUUAUAGGCAUGUAUAAAUAACGGUAUAAGUAAGUUGGCGUUCGCUGUCGUCUAAUGCUUUCCGCAAAUGCACAUAAAGCAAUUAUAAUCAAAAUCACAGGUAGAAAUUUAAUUUUGUUGAAGCAAUUUUCUGCAAUUGCAGUAUUGCAUCAACUCUAUACUUGGACGUAUAUAGAAAAGAUUAUAGAAAUGACAAAAGUACAAAAGUAAAAAGAAAGGCUUGAUUUGUUAAAAGUACAGUAAAAAGGUGUAUCGAUAGACAAACAAAUUGAAAAAGGAUCAAAAUAUUGUACUCAUUCUGUCAGUUGCAAACAGGGUUAUCAGGUCAUAAAAAAAUGAUUUUUCACCCCAUUGUCAAAAUUCGUGUAAACGGGGGAAAUCUAAUAAAAUAUCUGUAGAUUCUAGUUUGAAUAAAUGUACGAAUAUUGUAAAUAUUGGAAUAUCACCUUUUGAAAAUAAUUUGAAAAUCAAUAAAAGGGUUGAUAAUAUGCCCUCAUCUAGAAUAAAAAAAAUCUUCAUUUUACGACUAAAUAGUUAUUAAUGCUGUGCUGGUAUGACGACAAUACUCCACGGAUGAUCUUAAGAACGAAAUUUUAAAUUCAUCAGCAUCCAGGUCUGUGCGCUUCACAGAGUCAAAUAGUAAACAUUCGUAUAAUUGCCACAUCUAAGUAUAAGACCGGCAGUGAAUAUUUGAAGGUCCCUAUUAUGUAUUAGAUACCUAAGCUACACAACGAAGCCGUCAAAUAUCGUUUGAACUCGGCCUAUAUAUUGCACUUUGUAAAUACAGCUGAAUCACGAACCAUGCCACGUUUGGAGAAAUAUUUGAUAUUCAUAGGUAUUUUGUUUUGUUUACCUACUGGUUCCUAAAUAUGAUCUUCAUGUUUCAUCUCGUAGAGACACAACUUAAAAAUAUACACAGCCAUAUGGUUUGACGUUAACAAAAAAAUAGUAGUGCAUGGGAUCUUUCCUUUCCAAUAUAUAAUUUUUUACGAAACUUCAUAAUAAAAGGGACACAAUUUUAGCCGUAAAAGGAGUUCCUAUGUGAAAUUUCAUUGUCUAUAUUUACAGUACAACCUCAAGUAAGUGUAACACAAUCUUUAUGUGUUUUUACUAGCUCCCUUACUUCUUUCAAGGAAAUUAUCUUCAAAUUUUGUUAUAAUCAUAUACAAAUAAUGAUUUUGAUUAUUUAUGGAGUGUAAAAUAUUCUUUGGAUGUAUCAAAUAAAUUACAUGCUUUUGGU